AAACGCCAAAUCAUGUAAAUUUAUUCAAAAUUUGUGCUCCAAAAUAACAACACUACAAACCCAGCAAAAAAAAUAAACAAAUUUCAAAGUGUAUCAAAAAUUAAAAGUGAAAAAAUUAAGGAAAACAAACCAAAAUCUACAUAAGUAUUAAAAUUUACCUUCACCAUGGAAAUUGGCGUUGCUUUGAACAACGAUCUUGAGAUUAGGAUCUCGGAGGCCUUUUGCGUCUUUGAUACUCAUGGUGAUAAAUACAUAGACACUCGCAAUGUGGGAAAUGUUCUCAGAUUUAUGGGCUGUGUGCCGACCGAGAAGGAAAUCAAUGAUAUAAUUGCCGCCACUGAGUCGAUAGAGUACCCCGGGGAAUUGCAGCUACCAAAAUUUAUGGCUCAUGUCUCCCAACUGCUUAUGAAUAACCAUAUGGAGCCAGCGUCAGCAGAAAAGCUGUAUGCGGCUUUUCAGGUGCUUGACCCAGAAAACAAAAAAUAUCUUACCAAAGAGUAUUUCGAAAAGUUAAUGUCAGAGGAGGGAGAGCCUUUCUCUGAAGAAGAAAUGGCGGACAUGUGGCCGGUGGCCAUUGAUCCGAUUACUGGAAACAUUCCCUACACGUUCUAUAUUAACCAACUGAAGCAUAAGGGGACAAUCUAUGAAGUGGCUGCAGCUGUUAAGGAACAGGCCGAACAAGCUCAGGCCGAACAGGGGCGCAAGAAAUAAUGUCAGCAAAGAAACAUUAACAUGGUGGCGCCCUUUGGCGCAGUUGUGGCCCACUACUCCGCCCUGCCUCAGCCCUCAGCCCAACGCUGGAAAUGGAUCUCCCAACGGCCAUCAAGAAUCUGCGCUACUUUUCCGACUGGGCCGGUAAGAACCAUGGCAAGAUCGUCCCCAUGGGAAGUGAUUUCUUGGCACUUGGAACCCUGGAACUUCCCCAUUCUGAUGAUGGUCUGAAACUGGGAUCCACACUGGCUACCGGCUAUCAGCCGAGUAGUCAAUGUUUCUGGUUUCGGUGGAGCCGGCGCUGUACUGGCCAAUCACGUAGAUGUCGACAAGGUAGCCUUCACCGGAUCCACGGUGAUUACAUUCGGUUAAUUUCUGUUUAGGUGUAAAACUCUUUUGAAAUACAAUAUUUGUGAAGAAAAUCUU